AUGUUCGUGGCCGCCAACGACCACGAGAACUACCUCAUGUCCCCCCAUGGCACGCCGGCCGCCCAGCGUUUCGACGCCACAUGCUUCGAUUCCACCCCCAUCCAGUUCGACCAAUAUGGCAACCAGAUGAACGGCAUGAUGGCCAAGAACCAGCAGGCCUACGGCGCCAACAUGGGAGGCAACAAGGACUUUGAGCUCUUUGGCUCCGACAGCGCCCUCUCGACGCCCUCCUUCAUGAACUUCAGCGACGCUCCCAACACUCCCCAGGGCUGGAUCUCUGAGGGAGAGACUGCCAGCACGAGGCGGUCGUCGCGGAGAAUCAGCAAUGGCAUCAUGGAGAGGGUCAGCAAAUUCGAGACCAUGGGCAUUGAGCAGAUGUCAAGACCAAUGACACCCCCUACGCAGAAUGCAACAAAUUACUUUCCUCCUACUCCUAUGGAGACGCCUCAUGAUCGGGCUAUCAAGCACGAGCCAAUCUCCGCUAGGCCGAGUCGCUUCGCCGACGGCUACGACGAGUCCAUGGAGGAGACGCUCAAGCCCACGAGGAGGACGAACCAGAGGACGCAGAACAUCUUUGAGGAGCUGCGGAGACAGUCUGAGCAGACCGCCAUGCCCGUCCCCCAGCAACCCACCCAGGUGACCGAGGCGGCCAUGUACGAGCAGUCGAUGCCCACCGCCGACUUCAUGAACAUGAACAACUUCAACAACGAGUUCAUGAAGAUCCAGGGCACCUACGACGGCAUCACUGACGACUUCGCCGCCUCCGAUCUCUCUGCGCAAUCCACCCCUCACACUCCUCUCAUGAACUUCCACGCGGCGUUCGACAACAGGCCCGAUCUGAGGCAUCCCAACAUGGAGAUUUCGUCCUCUUCCCCCACUUGUUCGUUCGACAUGUCCCGCCGUACUUCCCCUCACCGCCGUACCGAGUCUCUUGCCAGCAUUGCCAGUGCCGCCAGCAUCGCGAGCAUCAACAUCGAGGAGACCAAGACCGACACCGGUGUCACCAUCGAGGAUAUCGCAAACUACAUCCAAGGCCCCGAUCCUGGCGACGGCAAGUGGACCUGUGUGUAUGAGGAUUGCGGCAAGAAGUUCGGCCGCAAGGAAAACAUCAAGUCCCACGUCCAAACCCAUCUGAACGAUCGCCAGUACCAGUGCCCUACCUGCAAGAAGUGCUUCGUCCGCCAGCACGACCUGAAGCGCCACGCCAAGAUCCACACCGGUAUCAAGCCCUACCCCUGUGAGUGCGGCAACAGCUUCGCCCGCCACGACGCCCUCACCCGCCACCGCCAGCGCGGCAUGUGCAUCGGAGCCUUCGACGGCAUCGUCAAGAAGGUCGUCAAGCGCGGCCGCCCCCGCAAGCACCGCCCUGAGAUGGACGAGCGCGUCAACAAGUCCGCCCGCACCAGGACCAAGAACAAGUCCUCCACCUCCACCUCGUCGCAGUCCGGAUACUCGGACAGCUCUGCGGUCAACUCCCCAGAGAACGACUUCAACAUGAUGGACGAGCAGUUCGAGAUGGGCGGUAUCAGCAUCGAGCGCCCAGGCCUGGACAUGCCUCUGCAGAUCACAACCGUGUCUUCUGCGCCAAUGCCCUCGUCGCCCCCCAGAAUCCACAAGGAGUUGGACAUUGAACCGUCACCCGCCGCCAGCAGCCACCACUCGGGGUACGUCUCACCAGAGGCCCUGAUGGAGGCGCCAACGGCGUUGUCCCAGCAACCAGAGUCCCCAGCCAAGAGCGAGUACAACACCCCGCCCGAGCUCUCCCAGUCAUCCUCGCCCCCGCCCAACCAGUUCUUCGACGCCGAGCCCAAUACUUCCGGCUUUAGCGACGACUCGUUGCUCGCCGGUAUGCGGGGCAACACCGGUGUCGGUGUCGGCAAUACCAGCAUCUCCAGUCUGGGCCUGGACCCCGACGACGAGAUGCUGAUGAAGACCUUUUCCGGCGAGGAGGGCCUCGUCCAGUUUGACCGCGAGUCCAACAUGCUGAUGAUGAACAAGUUUGACGAGUUCGACGACCCCGUCAACAUGUUCACCAACGACGACGUCUUCUUUGGCAGCUCAUGA